AUGAUGAUCAAAAAGGCCGACCCGGCCGUUUUUGUCGUGGCAACGGGACUCGCCUUUGCGGCGGCCCCUGUGGGCAUCACCAUCGAGUGGCAGGGCGAGCGAGCGGACAAGUCGCGCGUCCUGGUGCGGAUCGACCCGAAGUACGUCCGGCCGACUGAGGUCGAGCUGCUGAUCGGAGACCCGGCCAAGGCCAAGGAGAAGCUCGGCUGGGUGCCCAAGAUCCCGAUGCAGGAGCUCUGCAAAGAGAUGGUUGCCUCCGACAUCGCCCUUGUCGAGAAGGGCGACCUCACCUCGUGA